UCUCUGAGAUUCCUUCCUUCGAAGCUCGCUCUCUCCUCUUCCCAUGGAGACGGAGCUUAUCCCGGUGGUCGACCUCCGCCUCCUCUCCCAGGCCGAGCUCAACACCCUUUCCCUCUCCUGUCCCAACGCCUUCGACCCCCACCGCUGCGACGAUAUCGUCGUCCCCAAGAUCGACCGCUCCGUCUUCAAUGAGAGCGCCGGCAGCCGCAAGCAGACCUACUCCCGCCUCCGCCUCGCCCCCCGCAAGCCCAACGGCCCCCCUUCUUCGUUCUCCUCCUCCUCCUCCAUCGCCCGCCGCCGCCCCCGCGGCCACCUCUCCUCCUCCCCCCAUUCCUUCUCCGCCACAUCCGCCACCGACGGCACCAGCGCCGAGGAUGACGACCCAGGACGCCGCAAGAAUCAGCAGAUCGUCUCCUUCCUCCGCCAGCUCUUCGCCCGUGAGGACUCCUCCGCACCCCCUCCCCAACUCCCAUCCCAGUCUCAAACCAACCUAGCGCUAACCGUAGCCACCCCCAUCUCCACCCACCGGAAUCCCGACGCGGGUGAUAGUAGUAGCAAGGCGUUGGUAGUGGUGGAUGAUAGGGAUCGGGAGGUUCUGAAUGCCAAGGGCGUGGCGGUGGAUUUGGUCGGGUUGGGGGAAAUGGUGGAUCCUUUUGGGGAGAAGCUGAGGCGAAGGACGGCGGGGUUAAAGGCGGAGGAGGAACUGCUGCGGUUUUUGAGUGGCUUGGAAGGGCAGUGGGGGAACUGGAGGAAGAGGAGGAAGAUCGUUGAUGCGUCGGUGGUGGGGGAUGACUUGCCAAGGGGAUGGAAACUGCUUCUCGAGCUCAAGAGGAAGGACGGUGUGGCCGGGCUGAACUGCCGGCAAUACGUUAGCGAACGAUUUAAAGAUCAUGAUCAAGUGCAUUUGGAUUGUCUCAUGUCUUUUGAUUGCCCAAAUGGCAAGCAGUUUGUGUCUUGCAAAGAGGUUUCUUCAUACAUACUCUCCCUUAUCAGCCACCCAAAUGAAAUGCGAUCCGUUUCUGUUCGAAAUGAUGGGAGCACUCAUGAACUUGAUAAAUCGACUCCUAGAUCCCAGGCUACAGGUCUUGCCCAUCAAGAAGACAUUGUGAGGGAAAAUCACAGCUUCUCUUCAGUUACCCCUAUUGCUUCUUAUUUAGACGAUAAUCAGAAGCAAGUUGUCUUAUACAAGGUUGAGAAGCAGACAUCGGAUGAUUUGAAAAAUAUUCUAGAAUGUCAUGCAUGCCAUCUAACAUUUGCUGACAAGGACACAGAUAUGCAACACCAGUUGUUGUUUCAUCAAAGGAGUGUGAAGCGGCGUAGACUUGGCAAAUCCAUUGGGGACGGUGUCAUCGUAAAAGAUGGUAAAUAUGAAUGCCAGUUUUGUCACAAGACUUUUAGUGAGAUACAUCGCUACAAUGGGCAUAUUGGGGCUCAUGUGAGAUACCAAGGUCUGAGUGCUGAAGGACUGCCAGAUAUUAUGACAAGAAAGAUAUUUAAUCCAUCCCCCUUAGUUGCAGUACUAUAUGGUUUCUCAGAGACUAAUUUGGCUAAAGAGAAUGAAGAAACUUGUAAUGCAAAAUCUGCUGAUGAACUUCAUGUUGAUUCCUCUGAGUGCAGAAUUGAGACCAAGAAUCCUGAAAUUGAUCAUAAUGCAAAGUCUGGUGGUAGUAAAACUACUGAAGUAGCCUGCACAAGCAUCUCUGUUGAUGACCAAAAUAAUGAUCAUAAUUUGACUAAUUACAAGUCUGAUGAGAUUGUUCGGGAAAGAAAUAUCACAGAUGACAAAUCUGCUGCAUGCAUGGAUGCCAUAUCUCCUUUUGUUGUUGAUGUAAACAAUGUGGCACAAAAUUGCUCACGUUUUACCACUCGAGAAGCAUCUACAAGCAAUUAUGUUGAUGAUCAGCCGAACAAUAUUGAUAUGAUUGAUUAUAAAUGUAAAGUUGUUGAGGCUAGUAGUGUUGAGGAUCUCAAAUGUAAUGACAGCCAGGGUAAUGAUAGUGAUGGAGGUGGUUAUAUAUUAGAGGAUAUCAUCGAGUCUAGCAAUACCAAAGAUGUCAAGCCUGACACAUGCUUGGAUGCCGUGUUUUCCCCUCCUAAAAAUGGGGACAUUGCAACCUGUGAAACUAUGACUGAAAUUGGUCCUUCCUCCACGAGCAUUUCUGUUGACAACGUUAAUGAUUAUCAUAUGACUGGCCACAAAUCUGAGGAGGUUGUUGACAUUAAUAAUGCCGUGGGUGUUAAACCUACUAAUAAUGAAAUCGAUCUUUCUUCAUGUACUAUGAUUCCAGAUAUUGGAAAAUAUGGCACUGAUGAGAAAGUCAACUCAGAAAGACAUUUGCUAACCAUAUCAGGUAAUGAAUCAUCUUAUGGGAUUGAGACUUUUGCAAAUGAUAUUCUUUCUAGCUCCAUGGAAGAAAACAUUCUUGAUGAACCUGAUACAUCUGGCAAUGGGUUGAAAACUGAAUUUGCAGGUUGCCAUUCAUUUUCUGACAAAGAACCGGUUACUGGGAAUAUAAUGCCUGAUGAAUUUAAUGCUUCCUGUACUGACACUACUUUUGUCAAUGGGCACACUGGGGUGAUUGAGACUGAUGCACAUCGUAUGUUUGAUAUUGACAUGAACGAAUCUGUGCUUGAAGAAAUGGAUAAACCUGGUAAUGUGCUGGAAACUUGCUUUGUUACUAGCAAUGCUGGAUGCGAAGAGGUUGUUCUGAGCAAUGUUGUUGCGAACAAUGAUCGAACAAACUCCCUGCAGGGUAAUGUGGCUGGCACAUCAUCAUGGGUACAUUCAGCUGAUGGUGUCCCAAUCGUUGAUAUGAUCCCAGAACAGACAUCUAAGAUGGCUCUAAUUCAGAGGAGAGGCAAAGCACCUUCUGUUGGCUUGAAGAAUAUGGUCAAUGGAAGGUGCUACUUCAGUCACUUCGUCCAUUUUACUGUCACCCUUGUCAAGUCUAUGUCUCGGGAGCAAAAGGAAAGGGUGACCGGCACUCCAUUUGGACACAUGCUAGCUCUUCCAUAUAUUAAGCAGAGUAGGCCAGUCCUAGACACAUUGCUUUCCUUUUGGGAUGAUAAGAAGGAGGGAUUUUGGUUUGGUAAAGUGUUAGUGCCUUUUGUAGGGAGUGAUUUUGCACUCAUCCUUGGUUUGAGUGCCACAGGCAAUGAGGUCCAACUGCAUAAGGAGGGAAGGGUUAAGUCUGACCUCAUCACCCGAUUUUUUGAGGGUGACCAUAAAAAAGCUGAUAGAGAUGCAGUAAAAAAUAAAUUACAAUAUCUUGUUGGAAAGAGUGAAAAACAAGAUGUAGAAGAUUUCACCAAAUUAUGGGUUCUAUAUCUCUUUGUGACUAUCCUCUUUCCAUCCAUACACUAUUAUAUUCUUAAGGCAUUAUGUUCAUAUCUUGAUGAUUUAGACUGCUUAGGUUCAUAUAGUUGGGGUCUUGCCGUUUUUGCUUUUCUUCGCCAGCAGAUACCUAGUCUAGCCGAGAGUGUGAGGACAAGGAACAUCACCGGCAAGGGAUCUACUAGGUAUAUGAAUGGCUGCACUGUCGCUCUUGUGGCAUGGGCUGUUGAGCAUGCGAACAGCCUUCUGGGAAGCCACCGGCCACCGUUCAUGUAUCCACGUCUCCUGCGUUGGAGCAACGCCCCAUUCCCUCGCAAGGUGGACGCGAUCGCCAAAGUUAUGAAAAACUUAAAAAGAUUUCAGGUGAUCGGAAAGCUAGAGCCUAGGGAGGAGGAGUUGCACCUUCUAUCGCGAGGAAGGCCACAAGUGCGGGCUCCAAUAGAGAUGCGAGGAGAUGAAAUUUUGCAAAAGGGUGUGCACGAUAUAACUCAGGGAGAUGAGGUGGUAUUGCAGAGGGCACUGAAUAUAGUGUACAGGAAGAGGGAGGACUAUAUAGCUAUGCUCUUUUAUGCUCCAUGGUGUCCUUUCUCUAGAAUUUGCCGGCCAAAUUUCCAGGUUUUAUCUUCCUUGUUUCCGACCAUUCGUCAUUUUGCAUUUGAAGAAUCUGUCAUCAGAUCGAGCAUACUCUCUAGGUAUGGUGUUCAUGGUUUCCCAACUCUUUUCCUCUUAAAUUCUACAAUGCGAGUGCGGUAUCGUGGAUCACGAAAUAUUACUUCCCUAGUUGCUUUCUACAAUGAUGUUACAGGUGCUAAUCCCGCGGUGCUAGAUCCAAUACCGGUGGAGAAAAUUGUGGACCCAUCAACUGAUACUGAACUCAAGGAAGAUAAUGAACAAGAAAAUUGCCCAUUCUCAUGGGGAAGGUCACCAGAGAAACUGCUUCAACAGGAUACAUAUCUGGUGCUGGCCUGGUCCUUUGUGCUAAUGAGAUUGCUUUAUAUCCUUCUUCCAAAACUAAAUGCCUGUGUCAAGCGGGCGUGGAGGCGGCAUAUGCAGUAUGCGAGUUUGAUGAGCUUGCAAGAUCGUUCACAGGCUUAUGUUGACCAUGUUAAACAAGGUUUCAACAGAUUGAAUCCAUGCAAAAGAGGGAAUUUGCAGGAAGGAGCAAUGAAUGCGAAAGUAUGGGCUUCCAAGUCACUGGCAUCAGUCUCCAUUGGUGAGCCGAGUUCUGGAAGAGCAUACUCUGCAGGCGACAGGAGAUAAAGAUAAUACGGUGUUGCCUUCUCAACAUCGUCCGUGUAGCAGACAGGAUACACUAAACGGAUAUCCAGCUUGUUUUCAUUUUCAAAUUGUGAGGCGUUGCGAUAAUUCUGGCAACAUCCUAUCCUUGGGAUGGAGCUCAUUUAAAGUUCCAACUGUUGACCUUUUCUAUAUCAUAAAUUUUACUACUUAAUGUUAUUGAAGAUAUACCCCUUCUGUCUUGUUGUACUCGCUGUUAGCUGCUGCUCCACUCUGGUUACAUCAAAGUGAUGUAAAAUGCUAUAAAUUAUCAUCAAAAGUUGAUGUAAUAUAAGCAGUCCUUGAUAUGUUCCUGAGCUAAAUACUACAAUAAAGACAUGAAGGUUAUAAUC